UUCAGUAUGGUGAAAAAUUAUGGUUCGUUAACUUGAAACAGAAUAGUUUUCCGAAAGAAGAAUCCGCGAGUUCUCCAUCUGCUCAUAGAAGUGUGCCUUACGAAAUGGAAACUGAAAGUGAUGAGCUAUUUAAGAAAGAUAAAGACGUAUGCAUCGUAUGUGGAUAUGUCUCAGCCAACGAAUUUUUUAGUUUUCCAAGUGAUAUUGACACUCGACAGAAGUGGGCUGCCUUCUGCGACUUACCCUUUGACAUGAUAAAACCGGAUUUCCGACUUUGUGACCAACACUUCCGAAUUGGUGAUUACUCAAUCUCGAUUCAAUUGAUACCGACGAGUGUUCCUUCAAGGCAACCAAAAGGGAAACAUGGCUGCGCACCUUCAAUUAACAACAGUUUACAAUCUGGUCUAAAUUCCAUCAAUAUUUCCAACCCUACGGUGAAUAAAAAUGAAUCGAAAAACGCGAUAUACUGCAGUCCUGUCUUUCAAAGUAAUACUGCCACCGAUGCUUCAAAUAAGCAAUUCCACAAGGAUUUUAAAGAUAUCACGAGUAAUUAUGACGAUGACGUUCUUCCCAAGGCAAAAAAAUUGACGUUGAAGAGAAAACUCAAAGAUGAACAGAGUCGACAGCAAACGAAAUGUUUUCGAUCUGAAAUUUCCAGAUUAAGAACAAGAUGUUCUCGUCUCGAAGAUACUGUAGCCGAGUUCACAAAAAGAAUUGAGCAACUGGAGGAGAGAUGCUUUGAUGCGACUGCAAGCACAGAAAUUACUGGAAAUGUUACCGAAGUUACUUGUAAAGCAAAUUUGCCUAUGUUUUCCGAAGUAGAGUGUAUCGACAGUCUUUCUAACGCAGAUGCAGCGUGGCCUGAAGACCAUUCAAAAAAAGUUGCGCUUGUAGAAUCCAUCGAAAAGGUUGCCGAAGAUGGAGAUGGUUACUCUACAGAAUCGAGUAUGCCUCCCCUAGAAAUAUCGAACGAUGCCGUUCAUAUUUUGGACGAAUCACUUGAACAAUUUUCUGAUGAAGGUUGUAGUAGAUACUCAACACAAGAUUCGCUUGCUGAAUUUAUCGAAGAGGUUACUGAAGAUUAUUGCUCUGCAGAGUCGUUCAUGCUUCCCCUAGAAAUAUCGAGCGAUGACGGUCUCCAUAAUUCGGAGGAGCAACUUGAACAAUUACCUGAUGAAGUUGAGCUCGUAGAAACUUCUCAAAGUAUUGUCAAAGAUGUUCGUAAAACAAAUUUAAGUAUUUUUUUGCGAGAAAAGUCGAAUGACAGUCGUGAUAUGAAUGCGACACCUGAGCAAAAAACUGAAGGAGAUCCCACCUCAAUAGAUUCACAGAACUGUUUGCCCGAUCUGACGAAAGCGACGGAUGAUGUGAAUGCACUCGACGACGAUGAAAUUGGUAAUGGUAUUUCUGUCAGUCCUCACAUCAACCAUCAAUUGAGUGAUAUCGCUGCCAGUUCAAAUAAUGAACAAUUUGAUAAAGCACACGUUAGGCAAACACUGCGAGUGGAACUAGUGCGAGUGACAACCCAACAACCAAACUGUAACGAUGAGCUAAAUGCGUCCCAGCACAAUAGGCAGGCCUCUCCUUCAGCUCGGUGCUCAAAGCGCCGAAAAAAUGGUGGUGAGAGCCGGAUUACUCGCUCUCCGGGCUCUCCCAAAAAGAAAAAAGAUCUCCCUAGCGUAGCUACCACGAUACCAACAUCGGACAGCGUUCCAAAAAAGGUGCGAGGAGCAUUGAUUCAAGAUUCAACUGCAUACUGUUGCGAUGUUUGCGAUAAAACGUUUUCCGUGAAACGGUGUUGGACAAGACACCAGCAAAGUCAUUUGAAGCUGUUUCAAUGCCAAAAAUGUGACAAACGGUUUGCUAGAAAAUACCACCUCAAUAGACAUCAAACAACUCAUACUGAAACAAGACCCUACAAAUGUGACAUUUGUGACGCAAGAUUCAAGAACAAUUACGACAAAUUAAGGCACCAACGACGUAUGCACUGUCACUUGUUUCGAGUGCGAUAUUUGUGGCAAACUGUUUAUCCAUAAAAAUUCUAUCAUUGACCACCUGCGAGUGCAUUCUUAGUACCUAUGUAUCUAAAUGCGCCCAGAUUCAAAUUCGGGUUUUCUUUGUUUUUUGCGUUCUCAUAUUACUCAUGGCAAAAGAGUCUAAAAAUUGUUUCCAAAUUUUUCUAUUGCAAUGGUAGAUGGACAUACCUCCUAUGUGUUCUUGUUUUAUAGUAUUACUUGUUUUUAUUUAUUUUUACAUAGGUAAUUAUCUAAUACGUAGGUAAUGUAUAUGUAUAAUUAUUCAACAGUUGAACAAAAUAAUUUAAUUAAGAAUUAGUAGGUAGCGUUCGUCGUUACAUUUGAUUUUUACUUUUAGAGAGAGAAGAUUAUAUUUUUAUUUAUAGCAAAAACUUUUCAACACCCCUUCAAAAAUAACUAGUUUUAGACCAUUCUGAAGCCUGCAACGAGUUAUAAAUGUUCACCGAACAUUUCAAGCUGCUUAAAAGAGGACAAAAAUCAACUUGAGCACUUGUAACUUUGGUUUUUGCUCAUUCAGCGUGAUAGUUCCAAAGUAAAGAAAAUUCAGUAGCCCAGUUAAAAUGCAAUUUGACCCUGUCUAGGGUGGUAUGCUGAACAACAUACUAAAAGUUCUCGCCCCUACCCCACGAGCUAAACCCCCCCCCACAGUGGAUCAAAGCCCCCCCAAAUCAGUUUUUCGUCAAGAACUCCUGAAAUAUUGAAUUUUGAGUAAAAUGAACUCAGUGAUAAUUUCAUCUCCUCUCCAAUACCUAUCAAAUGAGCUAUCGACAAACUCCCUCGCC